ACCCCAGCCUGCCAUGCCACGUGACUAUAUAACGUCAUUGCACGCUCUUAAAAGAAACAUGGCGCUCCCCUCCAGCUGUCGCCUGUUUUCACAAACAGCUUGUUCUCACGUGCUAAGACAGGGACGGAGACGUUGUUGGCUUCCUGGAUUAUCUCCUUGCAGAACGCACACGAUGUAUCGGGGGAUAUCGUUAAUCUCGCCCGUGGGUCACUCUCAGGGACGAACGUCAUUCAGAUUGUGCACAAGCGCGCGGCGCGCGGAUGAGAGGAGCGGGACGACACGCGCGACUCGCUCGCGCUGUGUUGCCCUGUGGAGCGCCGUGGCAUUCUCACUGUUUGGAAGCAUGGAUAAGAGAACUGAGGAACAGAAGACAGAGGAUGAGAUUGUUCUCCUCUUAAGGAAAGCAAAGUACAACAUGAUGCUGGGAGAACUAGACGCAGCAAACAGCUUCUUGCAUAAAGCGCUUGGACUUGCCCAUCAGAGUCAAAAUAAGGAUGCCAUCCUCUACGCCUACAGCCUGAUGGCUAACCUGGCCUUUGUACAGGGUCAGCUGGACAAUGCUGAGAAACUCUUCAAAGCAGCCAUGAGUUUCAUGCUGUCCGGCGGAACGCCAGAGGAUGACAAUGCAAUCAUUGAAAUGUCCCUGAAACUGGCCAGCAUAUAUGCCUCUCAAAACAAGAAUGAGUUGGCAGAACAUGGAUUUCAGUUCUGCACAGAGUCACUAGAGGCCAAGAUUGAGAAACACCAGGCUCUUCCUGCAUAUGCUGUGUCAGAAGACGAACGGAAGAAUACGCGACUGCUCCUUGGCCUCAGCCUGGACACACGUGCACGCUACCUGACGGCAGCAAGACGCUUCACGGCUGCCUGCAGGGACUACCACCGUGCCCUGAUCAUCUGCCAGGAGGAGCAGGGUGAGGCCCAUCCACAGACACUGGUGCUGAUGAGUGACCUGGCCACAGUGCUGGACCUCCAGGGGAAGCACGAGGAGGCUCUGGCCCACGUGCACAGGGCUGUGACGCUAUCCCAGGUGGCCGGCCACCCUGACCAGCACGUCCUGCUGGGCAACAUGGCAGGCAUUCUGAUGCACAAAGGUGCAUUUGAGGAGGCCCUGAAGCUGUAUGAGGAAGCGCUGGCACUGGCACGGGCGGCUGGUGAUGAGGAGGCAGUCCAGCAGCUGGAAGAGGGGCUCCAGGAGCUGGACAGGAGGUGCAGGGAGGAGAGGCGGAGCUCCAGCAGGGACCCGCCCACAGAGCACUGACUCCACCUUCAGACUUUCAAGCACAACUCAUAUACUGAACAGGAUUUAACUGUUGGAUUGGCUGGUGAUUAGACUACUGGGUUCUGAGAUGUCAAUUUUGAAAAAGAAAAUAAAAUUGUCCAGAAGCACUUUU